AGGAGGUCUGUGUCGAGGGUGAGGUUGCAGGUUGACUAUGAGGGGGAGGUGACUGUGCAGGGGAGCCACACAGCUGAAUUCGGCAGAACAGCCUCGCCUGUGUGCCUGCAGCCACUGAUCACAGUGCACCUCCCCAGCUCCGGAACACAGAAAUCUUGUGGCGAGAAUGGGAGGAUUUCUCCACUCAGCCAGAUGUUCAGGGCCUGGAGGCAGGGGAUGGCCCUCAGUUCCAGUUCACUCUGAUGUCCUAUAAUAUCCUGGCCCAGGACCUGAUGCAGCAGAGCUCCGAGCUCUAUCUGCAUUGCCACCCAGACAUCCUGAACUGGAGCUAUCGCUUUGCGAAUCUCAUGCAGGAAUUCCAGCACUGGGACCCUGACAUCUUGUGUCUCCAGGAAGUCCAGGAAGAUCAUUACUGGGAGCAGCUGGAGCCCUCUCUGAGAAUGAUGGGCUUUACCUGUUUCUACAAGAGGAGGACCGGGUGUAAGACAGAUGGCUGUGCUGUCUGCUACAAGCCCACGAGAUUCCGUCUGCUCUGCGCCAGCCCCGUGGAGUACUUCCGGCCUGGCUUGGAGCUCCUCAAUCGGGACAACGUGGGCUUAGUGUUGCUGCUGCAGCCACUGGUCCCAGAAGGCCUGGGGCAAGUCUCGGUGGCCCCCUUAUGUGUGGCAAAUACCCACGUCCUGUACAACCCACGGCGGGGCGACGUCAAGCUGGCCCAGAUGGCCAUUCUCCUGGCUGAAGUGGACAAGGUGGCCAGGCUGUCAGAUGGCAGCCACUGCCCCAUCGUCCUGUGUGGGGACCUGAACUCUGUCCCCGACUCGCCUCUCUACAACUUCAUCAGGGACGGGGAGCUCCAGUACCACGGGAUGCCAGCAUGGAAGGUGUCUGGACAGGAAGACUUCUCUCACCAGCUCCAUCAGAGGCGGCUGCAGGCCCCGCUGUGGCCCAGCUCCCUGGGCGUCACUGACCACUGCCAGUAUGUCACCUCCUGCCGCCCCGCAAGCUCAGAGAGACGCAAGUAUAGCCGAGACUUCCUUCUGCGUUUCCGCUUCUGCAGCAUGGCCUGCCGGCGACCUGUGGGACUGGUUCUUCUGGAAGGAGUGACAGACACUAAGCCAGAGCGACCUGCUGGCUGGGCUGAGUCUGUCAUUGAGGAAGACACGUCUGAGUCUGAGCUGGAUGUCCCCAGGACUGUGGGCACCAUCCAGCACUGCCUACACCUGACCUCGGUGUAUACUCAUUUCCUGCCCCAGCAUGGCCGCCCUGAGGUCACCACGAUGCCCCUGGGCCUGGGAACGACAGUGGACUACAUCUUCUUCUCAGCCGAGUCCUGCGAGAAUGGGAACAGAACUGAUCGCAGGCUGUAUCAGGAUGGAACCCUCAAGCUCCUGGGCCGGCUCUCGCUCCUCUCUGAAGAGAUCCUCUGGGCUGCCAACGGCUUACCCAACCCCUUCUGCUCUUCAGACCACCUCUGCCUACUGGCUAGCUUCGGGAUGGAAAUCGCCACCCCAUGAUGGGCUCCCAGGGGAAGAGCGCUUCUUCUCUUCCAGAAGAGCUCAUCGGAUCAGAGACUGUGGAAAUAUCCCACGCUUCUGGAAACUUAGAUCCAAGAAACUUAACGUCCCCUCCCCACCCCCUCCUCAUUCCCUUCUCCCCCAC